UUUCCUUCUCUCCCGAACCCUGAAACUGAAACCCUCACUACCAGCAGAGAAGAACCCUAAGAUUUCAGCUUCAAGAAUCUUAAAUCAAGCCUGUAAUUCUUAACCACCGCAUCUUAAUCGAAUCCAUUAAAUCAAAAAUAUCGAUUUACCGGUAUAAACCUAUUUUUCUUAAACCCUGGGAAUUCAAUUUUUUCCUGAAAUCCGAUAAAAAUAAUCGGCUGGUAGUAGUUUACUGUGGUACAGACAACUUAUAUCGAUUCUUAUCAGGUACAAACAAGCCUUAAGUUUUAGUUUCAGUUUUGAAGACUUGAGCUUUCUGUAAACUCAGGAGUCAAUUUUGCCAUGCUGAGAUGCGGCAGUCGCGCAUUCUGUAAACUCUAAACUGUAGAAUUCAACAAGCGAGCUCUCUUGGAUUCCUCUUUUUUUAUUUUUGGCUGAGAGAAUUUAUCGAACACUUACUGAACCAGAAGAUGGUGUUCUUUGAUUUCAAUGUUCCAUAUCUAGAACCAGAAAAAACAGAAAAACCCUUACCAGACAGUAAUGGAAAGAAAAACACAAGAUUGAAAAUAGCAGUAAAAGCAAUGGAAUUAGGUUACAGUGGAGUAGCUUAUAAUAGAUGUAUGAAAGGAGUUAUGUCAGAUAAUGAUCGUUGUACAAUUUAUCUAUUCCCGCUUUCUUCAUUGCUAAAAGCUUCUCCAACUCUAUCUGAUUCUGUUAAAUUUCAUAGAGAACUGUUGAAGGUUCCAUUGAAUACUCCUUUUCGUCAGUAUACUAGGUUAACAGUUACUGUUGAGAAUAUUGUUCAAGCUGGUGUUUUAAAUUCAGGAAAUCCUGUUUUGAAAACUUAUGAUUUGGUAGCUGUUAAGCCUUCGAACCAGACUGUAUUUGACCACGUCUGCAAAGUUUCUGAGGUGGAUUUAAUUGCUAUUGAUUUCUCGGAGAGGUUACCUUUUCGGUUGAAGCUUCCCAUGGUUAAAGCUGCAAUUGAGCGAGGGAUAUACUUCGAAAUAAUGUAUUCACAUCUUAUCUCUGAUAUUCAAGCAAGGAGGCAAAUUGUUACAAAUGCUAAGCUAUUAGUGGAUUGGACACGAGGAAAAAACAUCAUUUUUACAAGUGGUGCGUCCUCUGUUAAUGAACUUAGAGGACCUUAUGAUGUAGCAAAUCUGUCCUCUUUGCUUGGCCUCUCUAUGGAACGUGCAAAAGCUGCAACUUCAAAGAACUGCAGGGCUUUAAUUGCUCGAGCACUUAGGAAAAAAAAGUUCUACAAAGAAGCCGUUAGAGUCGAAAAAAUUCCAUCUUGUCAACAAGUAGAUACGAAGGAGCCUUGGUUUGCUGACUGUAAUAACUGGGAUGAAAUCUCCAGCGGUGAAGGAGAUAUUCAAUUGGAUGAUAUUGCAAAGUUUUUUGCUGCCUCUAAUAAAGUUCCAAAAACUUCAAAGGCAAUUGAUUUUGCAUCAGUUACCAAAGAAUUGCCAUCUUAUGGUAUGAGAUUAAAUGACUGGUGGCCUGCUGGUGAAAACAAGUCACAACCGCAGGAAGAUACACCUAUUUCAGAUGCCAAGUCUGAUGAAUCACACGACAUGGACAAAAUCUCCAAACAACCAGAUGGACCUGACGUAGUUCCCUUUUCACAUCGAAAGUCGCUAUUUAGUACUUGUAUAGAGCACCAAACCUCCAGUACUCCUAUUUUUUCUACUGAUGGAAAGCAAGGUGAAACUACCAUAUUUUAUGAAGAAAGUUCACACAAGGUUUAUGAAGUUCCGGAUGCUACUGAAAUAGUACAACAUGAUACGCCAUCACAGGAUUGUAUCUCUAUUAUUGACGUGGAUCCUAUGUUACCUGAUAAUGUUGUGUCCGGCCUCUCUUUUGUGAGGGAAAGUGGAACUUCUUUCUCAUGCCAAGCGAACCCCAUGGGACAAGGUAGUAUUGGGUCACUUUUAACAUUGAAGGAUCAUGAGCAUACUACCACGAUAGAUGAUUUGGUGUUCCCAAUGGAAACUCCCCCCGGCCUGUCCACUCACAAGGAGUCUGAUAGUUUUCCUCAGAUUGGAAAUUCUGAGGUACUAAACAGCUCUGAUGAUGCUAUGGGUGCAGAUGCUGUGAACAUGGAGAAAAUUGUAUCAGAACCGAAAGAAAGGAAGCAAAUAGAUUUAGUUUCAGCUGGAUGUGAUAUGCCUAUUGUCAUAGGUGAACCGGAAGAAAUACAGAACAGUUGUGAUGCUAAAGUUCUACCAGCAAAUGACAAGCCCGUGGAGUGUCACACUAAUAUGCAAGUGGACGCAGCUUUUUUUGCAGAUGAAGUUUCACAAAAGGAUUCUUUUGUAGAAAUGGAAAAGCAUGCACAAGAAGUGAUGAUUGAAAUGAGUAGUACGGCACGUGAUGAAUCCACGUCAGGAAAAGGCCGAGUUCGGCGUGCAGCUUUCCCAGCUUUCCCAUUUCCUCUACAUCGCGUCUUCAAGCCUAUAAUUUUCAAAAAAAAUAUAAGAAAUCGAGAAACAAGAGUAAAAGGUUGUAAGGUUUCUCCUUAGUCGCGUUUACAAUUUUGAUGGUCAUGUAAAUUAAAAUAGUUGAGAAUAUAACUGCAGUUACCUUUUGUUUCCUAUUAUGUUCGAUGCUUAACUGUUUCCAGAAGAGUACUGACUUGACUAUUCUAAACCACUAAAAUGA